AUGACACUCAAGUCGGGCUACAUCAACCCCGACCCCAUCGCCAACCCCACCGUCCUCGGCAAGCAAGAGGUCCCCAUCGCCCCGCUGUCAUGCUGGGCUGUUGGUGUGAUCGGCUCCGUUCUGACCUUCCCUACCCAGCUCGACCAGGAGCGCCUGCAGAAGGCCGUCGCCAAGGCCGCGAGCUAUUGGCCUGUUGUUGCCGGUCGCUAUGUCAAGGCGACUGUCCCCGGCACUGAGUUUGCUUCUCCCAUCCCCUUCGACACCCAGUCUGUGGAUGCCGAGUACCCCUACGCGGACCGUGCCGUUGUGCAGGACGACCUCGGCGAGUACGUCACUCCUCUCAGGGAUGACUUCUUCGUAGCCGGCGCCGACGCCCCGCUCGUCACCGUGCGCUUCACUACAUUGAAGACUGGCUCAGCUCUGGGUGUGAACUGGUCGCACGUGUUGGGCGACGCCGCGGCGUUCUCGCGCUUCCUCGAGGACGUGUCGAUCUUCUACAACCUGCCGUACACGGACCUGGAGAGCGACGAGGUACCGACGUUCCAGCCGCACGUGCGCCUCCCGCCGGCGACCGACGCCAUAAAGGAGCAGUUCAAGAUCCCCAUCCUGACCCGCCUGCCGAUCGGUGACGUGUUCAAGGGGUACACCGACUCUGUCGCGCAGUCGCAGCGCUUCACGGUGAACCUCACGCCUGAUGACGUUGCGCACAUUGCCGCUGUUCGCCUUCCCGGCGACAAGGUCACUGACAACGACCUUGUUUGCGCCUGGUGGUGCAGUGUACUUGAGCGCGCCGGCCAGCCGCUCGACUGGGUCGUGCAGACCAUGAAUGGCGAGCCUGCAUUCCCGCGCAAUCUCCCAACGCUCUCUGCCAACGUUGCGCAGCAGCGCCAGAUCUUCAUCCCGCCGCGCGGCACGAUCAAGGGUGCGCAGUCGAAGCCUGGCACCCGUGUGCUUCAGAUUGCGCGCGCUAUCCGCGGGGGCAUGCAUGCGCUCCAGAACGACCCGGAGCUGACGCUCGGCUGGCUCUCGAACGCGGCGUACGAGAUCGGUACGGCCGCUCACGAGAACACCAGCUUCUGCCUCGUCCCCGAGGCGAGCGGCGUCGUUCUCAACUCCAACUGGCGCUACGACUGGGCUGUCAAGUUUGGCCAGCCGAGCGCCGCGUACCAUACUGGCGGCUCGUUCCCGCGCAUCCUCCGUGUCUUCCGUGCCAACCCCGUCGAGGGCCAGUCCGAGGAGGACCGCGCCGUCGAACUUGCUUUCCGUGUGCCCUCUGGACCUGCCGUGGAGGCUGUGCAGAAGGUCAUUGACGACGAGCGUGCUCGCUGGAAGGCCGAGGGACCCGUUCACGAGCACGAGGACGAGGAUGAGGAGCCCGAGGUCAAGUCGUUCAGCAUGCACAGCACCGUCGCGCGCGAGCCUUGGGGUGGAUACGGGAACUAG